AACAAUGUCAUACACAGACCUACAAGAUGUUAUGAAUGUUAAGGAGGAGACAACCAAAUUAGAAAACAGCCCAAUGGAUUUACAUAGGAAUUUUUACAUCAAACAAGAGUCCGAUGGUGUUGUGGAAGACAAACAAAAGAAGAAAGUAGAGUUGGAUCUGUAUGCAGAUCAUGAAAUCAAGGACGAGUUGGUCAUAGGACCAGUAGUGCAGCCUGUUGAUUUAGCUCAAGAAAAAUUUGUGCAGAAAACAUCUGAUGGCUUGAAUGUUGAUACUCACUCAUAUAAGUGUGAUAUAUGCAAUAAAAGUUUUACAAGAGAACAGAAACUUGAAAGUCAUAAAUUGACCCAUUCUGCUGAAAAGCCAUACAAAUGUGGCGGCUGUAACAAAUUUUUUGUCCAUAAAUCAAAUUUUGUUUCACAUUUAAAGACUCACACUGGAGAAAGAUCAUACAGGUGUGACAUAUGCAAUAAAUGUUUUACAGCAAAUCGGACACUUAAAAUUCAUAAAGUGACCCAUUUGAAGACUCAUAUUGGGGAAAAACCAUAUAAGUGUGAUAUAUGCAAUAAAAGUUUUGCAAGAAACAGGCAUUUCCAGCGUCAUGUAAUGCUCCAUACUGAGGAAAAAUCAUACAAAUGUGAUCACUGUAACAAACUUUUUGCCUACAAAUCACACAUUAAUAGACAUUUAAGGACUCAUACUGGGGAAAAACAGUACAAAUGUGAUUACUGUAACAAAUAUUUUGCCUAUAAAUCAAGCUUUGCUAUACAUUUUCGAUCUCAUACUGGAGAAAAACCGUACAAGUGUGAUUCAUGCAGUAAAUGUUUUACAACAAAUCGGACGCUUAAAUUUCAUAUUAUGACCCACACUGGCGAAAAACCAUACAAAUGUGACCACUGUAACAAAUGUUUUGCCUAUAAAUCAUGUAUUGUUAAACAUUUAAAGACUCAUACUGGAGAAAGACCUUACAAUACAUGUUUUACAAGAAAACUGACUCUUAAAACUCAUAAAAUGACUCAUUCUGGUGAAGAGAUGAGAGAGAUGGUUGUAGGCCCAAUGGUAUUGCAGCCUCCUGCUGUUGCUCAAGCAAAAUCUAUGCAAGUUGGUGAUGGGCAAGAACACAUUAAGAAGGAGCUGGAUCUGUAUGCUGGUCAUGAAAUCAAAGAUGAGUUGGUCAUAGGACCUGUAGUGUUGCAGCCUACUGGUAUAGGUCAAGCAAGAUGUGUGCAGAAUACACCUAAUGGGGUGAAUGUAGAUACUUGUCCAUCCAAGUGUGAUAUUUGCAGUUUUACGUUUCAUAAAAUAACUCAUACUAAAGAGAAGCCAUUCAAAUGUGAACAAUGUAAUGAAUCUUUUAAGUCUAAAGCAAGUUGUAAUAAACAUUUAAUUACUAAUACUGGAGAGAGACCAUACAAAUGUGAUCACUGUAACAAAUUUUUUACUUAUGAAUGAAAUUGUAUUCAGCAUUUAAAGACUCAUACUAGAGAGAAACCGUACAAGUGUGAUAUUUGCCAUAAACGUUUUACAAGAAAUAGUCAUCUCCAGCAACAUAUAAUGAUUCAUACUGGGGAAAAA